GGCGUUGGUCUCCUCCUCUGAGCAGACCGAUUCUUACUCUGCUGUUACCGGCACGCUGCCCAUGUCUCACUUCCUGUCCACCAUGCAGAGCCACGCAGCUUCAGCUGGGAACCAUCAGUGUUUAUCAUUCAUUUCAAAACUGAGUCAGCACUUUAACGAGGAAAUGUUGUUAGUCUGCUGCACCUGAUGCUCUCUGGCACACACACACACACACGUUCUCCUCGCUGCUCUUUGACAACAUGCUGAAUCGAUUGGUCCUUUUUUCAGUCUGAUGAUAGUGUGGGAUACAACACGUGCGCGUGAUGUUAACACCACGGCAGGCGACUCAGCGAUCCUCCGCUGCAGCGUGGAUAAAAAUGUGGCGCAGAGGGGGACUCUCCGCUUCUAUUGGCAGGAUGACCAGAAUUCUGUUCUAUAUUCUUUCUAUGAAGGAAGAACAAUCACUGACCACGUGAGUGACGUCUAUCUGCAACGAGUCUCGGCCUUCCCUCAGGACAUAAUUACAGGGAACAUCUCCAUCGUCAUUAAAAACCUGACGCUGGAUGAUAAUGGCAGAACUUUGUGGGCAUUUGCAGCAGUGUUGGACGGCAGCGGGACGAUGCGAUACCACCUGGAGAACACACAGAUGUGUCAGACCACUCUACAUGUAGCCGUGCCUUACCACACGCCUACGCUAGAAGUGGACACAGAAACAAUGAGUGCAGCGUGCUCCAUCCAAGGAGGAUUUCCUGCCCCUGAGAUACAGUGGCUCCUCCGCCACAACACCUCCCAUCAGUCGGUGGAGUCGAGGAGCGUCCACACUACAAUGCUGCAGAAUUCCCACAGUCGGCUCUUCAGCUCCCACAGCACCCUGCGCAUCCCGGCCGGUGCUCCCGAGGCCGUGAGCUGCCUGAGCCACAACCCCACCUUAAACCGGACUGUGAACGCCACCCACACCUUCAACAAAGGUGCAGCAGUGAGGAGCUCACCUGGAGGUCUGAUAGCAGCUGCUGUGGCUCUUCUAACAGCUCUGCAGCGGCUGUGACUCACAGCACUGUGGCUGAUAUGUGUAAAUAUUAUUUUUAUGUAAAUACUCUGUAAUUUAUUUUUCUUGGCUUGUAGAUAUUUAGCUCUUCAUGUGGUCUUGAAAGAUGCUCAGAGUUUGUUGGUUGGUGCUGGUGUGGGUUUCAGGGAGUCGUGGGCGGCAGGACGCUGCUGCUUUCUUUUUACUUUAAUCUCAUUGUUUUAACUUAAAAACAAACUUGAGUUUGUGAAAAUGUCUCCAUCUAAACUCAGGAAGGUCACCGAGUGAAACAAGCUUCACUGUUUUGAGCUGAAAACAUGAAUUUGUUGACUGAAGUCUGCAGACGGAGCUGCAGAUCCAGCUGUUAGCAGGGAGAAAUAUCCCAGCAAACUCAGCCUGGCACAUUUUAGGAACGCUGAAACAUCAGUGAAGCGUUUCCCUCUCACAGCAGCAUCUGUCUCAGCUGGGCACAGAGAAAACGUCUCCUUCAUAUUUUUGCUGGAACAUUUGAAUUAACUGGACUUUUGUUAAACUGAGACACCAUGAUCACAUCUGCAGAUAUUUUGCUGGUGGAUAAAAGUUUCCACAGUCUGCAUCCUCACAAGUCCAAAACACCCUCAGCCAUCGGAGCGUUCCCCGGGAACGGCGGGACGGGCAGGAGGGUUAUUAAAGCCACCACACUGAGGAACUCUGAACUCAUCAUCUUAACCAACUCUCUGUGUUUCUGUGAUUGUGUUCAUGUGUUUUUAUGAGUGUUAUUUAAUGCUAAUGUCACAUAUUAAAUGCUUCUUUAAUUUAUUUAUAUGUUUCUCAUCUUACAUAUUUUCCUUUAAACAUCAUCAACCUGCAGAUGGAGAUUUGCUGUACAGAUAAAUCUGGUCCACAGAGCUCCUCUCUGGUUUGUCCCUUUAUGAGUGAAAUACAGAAAAGUAAAGGCACCCAGUGUAGCAGCUGUUAAUGUUCCUGCUGCAUGUUUAACCUGAGCUCUGUUUAAAUACUUCAGUGAUCAUCAGAUUCUAUGAAACCAGCUGUCUGCAGUGU